AUGAAUUGGAUCUCGCCACGUAGCUACCGGCCAGCGUGUUCAAGCAAAGACCUUUGCCACAAUGCUAAGUCGAAGCGCUCGGCGGCAGUCAACUUUGUCACCAGCCAUCGGAGGAGGCGUCGGCACUUCAUAUCGCUAAGUCCUACGUUCGAUCAAUCUUUCGCGCGACAAGGAGUGAGUGAAAGUAUGAUCCAGCUCGCCUAUCUGGCUGGCCGCUUCCUCUCGCUUAUACAUCCGUUAUCUCCGCCAACGAACAACCACCUAUCGUCCUUAUCGAGUUCCUCACGCAAAAGCUACAUCAGGAGGAACCAACUUAUCAUAGACCAUGCUGAACAGAUUGCCCCAUCAAGCAUUGGUAUCGCAAGAUGUGGCUAUAUGCCCUUGCCAGCAACAGCUGCGCGAUAUUCCGUCUUCUGGCAUACGCUUCUUCGUCCUUGCACCUCCUGGCAGGCUAAGAUGGCAGAAAACGAUGCUAUGAAAGUGCUGCCUGCUGGAGCAGGCUAUGCUAUUGUCAUCGGCAUUGGUGGGGUAUUCGCUGCCAUCAUGCGAGCGAUCACUUGCCUACAGAAUCGCUAUACAGGCUUCUCGUCGAAGCAGGCUGAAGAGUUCAACACUGCCUCAAGAUCGGUGAAGCCAGGUCUCAUUGCUUCUGGUAUAGUUUCCUCGUGCACAUGGUCGGCAACGCUUCUAACCAGCUCGACUUUCGCAUAUUCGUACGGAGUCUGUGGUCCAAUGUGGUACGGCGCUAUGGGCACCUUGCAGAUCCUACUCUUUGCCCUAAUUGCCAUAAAGAUCAAGGCCAACGCACCAGGAGCGCACACCUUUCCGGAGAUCCUUCUGGCGAAGCACGGAAAGGUCGCUCACCUAACGUACCUGUUCUUUGGACUCUGCACCAAUAUGCUGGUAGGAGCAUGCUUGGUACUCGGCGGCUCACAGGUGGUCUCCGCUCUCACUGGCAUGAAUGUCUAUUCAUCGUGCUUCCUCAUACCGUUGGUGGUCGCUGCUUGUGUGGUUGCUGGUGGGCUGAGGUCCACAUUCAUCGCUGAUUACAUCCACACUGCAGUCCUGUUUGUGGCAAUCUUCGUCUUUAGUUUCUGCUUAUAUGCAACGAGUGACCUGGUUGGCUCGCCAAGCAGACUUUACGAUCUGCUCCUCGACGCAUCCGAGAACAUGCCCAUUGCGAAGAACGCUGGCAACGGGUCGUACCUGGCGUUCCGAUCAGUUGAUGGCUUGGUGUUCGCGAUCGAUCUCUUCGCGGCUGGGUUCUCGACAGUAUGGCUCGAUCAGGCAUAUUGGCAAAGAGCAAUCGCCUCCCGGCCUGAAAGCAGUGUCAAGGCAUAUCUUCUUGGCGGCGUCGCCUGGUACGGUAUCCCGUUCGGCUUCGCUACAGCCAUGGGUCUCGGCUGCGCAGCUUUGACUAGGAAUCCAAGAUUUCCCACAUACCCAGACGCACUGUCUGCAGCCCAGAACAACGCCGGACUGUCCUCCGCCGGCCACAGCGAUCACUCUGCUUGGACCUGGUGGCGUGGUACUGAUGUUGAUACUGCUCUUCAUGGCAGUGACAUCAAUUCGCUACUUACCUUCGACGUGUACAAGACGUACGUCGAACCGGAUGCACCAUCUUCCAAGCUGGUCAAGAUAUCGCAUUACGGUAUCAUGACAUAUGCGCUGGUCCUUGCAGCUUUCUGCUGCAUCCUGAAUGCGGUCGGGAUCAACCUCACCUGGCUUCUGACAGUGCUCGCCAUCAUUGUUGGCGGUGGUGCUGUACCUGUAGGACUCGUGCUCAUCUGGAAACGCACAUCAACCGCUGCGGCUAUCGCCUCGCCAUGGAUUGGUCUGGCUUGCGGUCUGAUAGCUUGGUUCAUCACUGCCUGGAAAAGAUCGGGCGAGAUAUCGAUCACGAGCACGGGAGACACCACCAAUGCUGUGGCCGGAAAUAUCACGAGCUUCGGCGUUGGUUGGGUGACCUAUGUCAUCCUGACCUUACUGUCUCCAGCAAAGUACACCAGCACCGAUGCUCGACAUAUCGAGCGUAGCAACAAGAUCCAAGGUAUCAUGAACCCAACAUCGUUCCCUGCGACACUAAGUGGGAGUGCCACGACUCAGAUCAGCGAGGUGGCAUCCGAGAAGAAGCAAUUACCGGGACCUGCUGCGGCGGAAGAGCCAGCUACCCUAGCCCUUACCGGCAAUGACCUCGUUGACUUUCUCGAAACAUCACACAUCGAGCCAAUGGAUCCUGAAGCUGUCAAAAGCAGCGAGCGCAUUGCUAUUGGUGCGAAUGUGAUCUUCAUCUCGAUAGCUGUGAUCCUGGUUCCUUUUAUGCUAUUCGGGACUGGCUAUGUGUACAGUCGUGCCUUCUUUGAAGGAUGGGUCGUUGUCAGCUUCCUCUGGGUUUGGGUCUCGAUGAUCAUAUGCGUGAUAUACCCCGUCUUCGAAAGCACUGGAGCUCUGAAGGGGGUGUCUCUGGGACUAUGGCGGGAUUGCAUGGCCCUAUUUGGAACGAAGAGAUCACCAGCAGCACAAAGUGCUGGAGAUGCAUGA